AUAUCUUAUUGGAGAUAAGAUAACAUUACACCAAACAUAGGGGUUAAACUAUGAUAUGCUGGAUUUCAAUUAUUCCUAUCAUUUCUUUAUCGAUUUUUUUUUUCCAUUGAUAGUUAAACAUAUACUACCUUUUCAUUUAUUUAUUUCUACAUACUCUAGUGGUAAAUAUGGGGUUUAGACUAUGAUAUGUUUUUUUCUUAAAGAGACUUAAACUAUGAUAUGCUGGAUUUCAAUUAUUCCUGUAAUUUAUUUAUCGUUUUUUUUGCAUUGAUAGUUAAACAUAUACUACCUUUUCAUUUAUUUAUUUCUACAUACCCUAAUGGGAAAAUUAUGCGUUCAACCAUAUUUACUUAUUGGAAAUUAAAAAAAAAACUCUUAACUGAAAUUUGUAAAUAAAAAUAGAUAAUUCUAGUAUUAUUUUAUUUUUUAAUUAUAAUAUUUUGAAAAAUUCUAAAACUCAAAUAUGAAGUGCCCGCAAGUAUUAAGCACAAAGAUACAUGUAAAAAAGUUUGACAAAAACUAAAUUACCAACUAUAAUCAUAUCCACGUAAUUUUAAGAACACGAGUGCUAAGUGAAAGUCACAUGCACACACUAUCCGAGUUGUAAUCACACGAUCUCCCUCUCGUGUACCAAAUCCGCAAGUACAUUAUAUCAAAUUCUUUUGGCGUAUAAACCAUUAUUAAACUUCUGAUAAUCUCCUCAGGUGAUUUGAAUCCUAGUCUGUACCAGCUAUACACUCACUCCAUGUAACCGAAUAUUCCUAAGCCACCUAAGCAGAUCCAGCACAAUCAAUCAAAUUUAAGAGCUUUAUAGUGUUUUGUUUUGUCAUAAAGGGGUAAUCAAAUAGUUUAUAAUUACAUACUUAACAAUUAUACUACAUAAAAUGACCUCCAAAUACAUUCAAGGCAUUAUCAUUUGUCGGUACACCUUCACGGGCAUUUGCCGGUUUAUCCGGUCCCCCACGUCAAGACAAACAGCAGCAGUUCCAAUGUCCGGCGUUCGGCGGAAGAACUUAUAAAUAACUUUUCUUCUUUUUUUAAUUAAGAGAUUAAAGAAAGAAAGAUGGAACAAAAUAAUUAAGUAAGUGAGUUUGCUUUGAUAAAAUCCAAAAAACAAACGUAUAAAAUAAUCCAAGAAAAAGUGAUGGAAGACCUAAGACUACCUCAUUACUAAGAAUAUGGAUAUAUUUCUGUAGAAAUCCACGAAUGAAAAGAAACAGAAUUUGGACUGAUUAAAUUAAUUUCCAAUAAUUUAUUUUAGAAAAUUAAUUUUUAAUAAAAUAGAAUUUCAUGUUGCAAUCUCCAUUAUUGGUUGUCUCCCUAGUAUCCAACAUGAGACCCUCCAUUGUCUACCAUUCACACCCUUUGGCUCACUUGAAAAAUCCUUUAUAUUUAUAAAAAUAUAAUCUCACUAAAUGUUAAUUAUCAUAGACAAGGCAAUUCUUCUUAUACAUUUGGAUGUAUAUACACUGUACCUUAGUUCAUGAUCGAUGUACUGAAUAAUAGUGUCUUAACUUGGCUUCCCUGAAUAAUCAUAAUUUUUUUUUUACAUAUCGUACAGAUAAAUCUUUAGUGUUAUUUGGGUUUCAAACUGUUAAACCAAUAAUGGUUGAGACAAGGAAAUUUUAAAAGUAAUAUUCAAGUGUGGUUAGUUAAAAUUACCAGCAAAAAUAUGAUAUUUCAAUGAUGCUAGUUCGACGCCAAUGCUACGAAAUUAUAUUGUACAUUGCGGAUGAAUUAAAUUUAGAAAGAUUACAAAUGUUAUAAGUAGCUAAUAUGAACAUUUAUAUCAUAGAGUAUUGCAUAUUAAAUUCUAAUUAUUUUGGUUCGCUUCUAUUUUUAUACACUUUAUUUAUAUGAAGAAAAAAACAGUUCUCAUUUUUUCUGUUAGGAAUGAUCUAUGGUUAAAAUUAAUAGCUCGAGUGAUUUGAUUUUAUAUGUUUUCCUAGUGUUAGUUUGAAGCUAAGAAUAUGAAGCAAGUAUAGGUUUGUUUGAGUUGAAGCUUGAAAGAGGGUCUCACACGCAAUUUGCAAAUUAUUAUUAUAUACUUCUGCUUCAAAUAUUUAUGAAGCAUGUAUAGAUUUGUUUGAGUUGAAAGAGGGUUUCAGACACAAUUUGCAAAUUAAUAUUACAUACUUCUGCUACUUAUACUGAACACAAUCAUUUCUUGAUAAUUAGAUUAAAUAUUAUAUUUAGUAAUGUAACUGGUGUGAAACUGUGAAGCCAGAAAGACUGAUUAAUAUAUUAAUUACAUUUAUACUGUCACCACAUAUUACAAUUUCUAAACGAUAUACGUAUGAUUCAAACUCUAGUGAUGGAGAAAUAAAGUAUUUUACAUACAAAGAUGAUACAAUAUGGUAGGCAAAAUAACUAAUUAAAAAGUACUAUAGUAUAUGUGAUUGUAAUUUGUAAAUGAUCAUUAGCGAACAUAUAAAAUAAGCCGGCCCAAGAAAAUAAAAGAUAUCUCUCUCAUCACAAUGUUCCUUUUAUAAAAUCCACCCAAAGACACCAAACUUCACCAUCAUCAUUGCAUUUCUUUUUCUUUUUCCUCCAUCACCCUUUCCUAGUUCGCUCGUGCACAUCUCCGACGAUCCCAAGUCUAAAAUCAUCACUUGUUUCAAUCUUUUCAACAUCUCUUUAAAAAUAAUCUUACAAAAAAAACGAUACAGAAGAUAACAAAAACAAGAGAAUCCUUCUUUCUUUUAAGUACAAGCAACAUAAUAAAUCAUCAUCUUUCGUCCAUGGCAACUUCCGGCAACGAUACAACGACAGGGACAGGUUCACCAUGCGGAGCGUGCAAGUUCCUGAGGCGUAAGUGUGCUUCGGAUUGUAUAUUCGCACCUUACUUCUCUUCGGAGCAAGGAGCAGCAAGAUUCGCAGCUAUUCACAAGGUCUUUGGAGCCAGCAACGUCUCUAAGCUCUUGCUCAAUGUCCCAAUCCAUGAUCGAUGUGAAGCUGUCGUCACCAUCGCCUACGAAGCUCAGGCCCGUCUUCAUGAUCCUGUGUAUGGCUGUGUCUCUCACAUCUUCGCUCUCCAACAACAGGUGGCUUACUUGCAAGCACAAGUCAUGCAAAUGAAGGCACAGAUCGCCGGCCACCAGACGUCAGCCGCCGGAGAUCUAAGAAACAGCUCGGAAAGUACUCAUCAACAAUACAUGACGUGUCAACAAACUACUGGCUCUCCUAUCGGCAAUGCAUACUCAACAGCAUAUAACCAUCAUCAUCAACCUUACUACGGUCACGUAAACCCUAAUAAUCCCGUCUCGCCACAAAGCUCGCUAGAAGAAACUUUCAGCAACACGAGCAGUGACGUCACUACUACAGCUAACGUGCGAGAGACUCAGCAAACUGGAGGUGGCGUAUACGGUCACGGUGGGUUAGGGUUUCACGAAGGAUAUCCUAACAAAAAAAGAUCAGUGAGUUAUUGUAAUAGUGAUUUAGGUGAGCUUCAGGCUUUGGCUCUUAGAAUGAUGAAGAAUUAAGAUAAGUUGCUAACUUAUGUAGACAGACGUACGGCGAAGAAAUGAGAUGUUUUUCCUUU